UGACGGACAGGUCAAACAUAGACAGUCAGACCCGGAAACAGUGCUUUACUGGGUUUAUCUCCAAAAUAAGAGCAAAAUAACAUAAGCAUUAAAACGGAAAAUAUAGACCAUUUUAUUGGAUGGGAAACGAAACAAAAGUAAUAUUAGAAUAUUUAAGAAACUUGUCUCUCAUGUUUAGAUUGUGAUUGGUUUAAACUUGUAUUGUUAGGAUUAUUGUCUCGUUUCCCUUCAUACGGAAGUGUCGUGUUACUGUCCGCCAGCUUGACCACGUGCGUCUGGGGCAAAUAACUAUCGCGUCACAUCCGGCGAGAUUUGUCUUUUUUUGUUUUCCCGUAUCCGCCAUUUCAGUUUUUGAAGUUAGUUGUCAUCGGCCGCGGUGUAGUAGCAGGAAUUGUGCGGCUCAAACCUCCGGUGAGACGAACAGGGCAGAAAUCUGCUCUCAGACCAGCCUCCGGUGCUUUGUGCUUCCUGGUGGAGUCUGCGUGUCGGAGAUUUGAUGUCCAGACGAGCGGCUGCGGAUGUCUCCUGUUUACUGAACGUGCUCUAGGCGCUAAAGUUUUUGUAUGAGUUGAAGGCUCCGCUCGUGGAUAACGGGAGGGAGAGCAGGGAAGGCCCGGUGAAGCCUCGGCUGUGGAGUGGUUAUCAUGGCCGGCAAUUUUGACGCGGAGGACCGCGGCAGCUGGUACUGGGGCCGGCUGAGCAGGCAGGAGGCUGUGUCCCUGCUGCAGGGGCAGCGGCACGGCGUGUUCCUGGUGCGGGACUCUAUCACCAGCCCCGGCGACUACGUGCUCUCGGUGUCGGAGAACUCCAAAGUCUCGCAUUACAUCAUCAACAGCAUCAGCAACAACCGGCAGUCCGGUCCAGGUUUGGUGCAUCCCAGGUUCCGUAUCGGUGACCAGGAGUUCGACGCCCUCCCCGCUUUGCUAGAAUUCUACAAAAUCCACUACUUGGACACCACCACCUUGAUAGAACCCAUCAACAAGUCCAAACACACCUCCUUCAUCAGCGUGGGCCAUGGCGGAGGCCCCCCACCACGCCUGGAAGACGAGUACGUCCGAGCACUUUUCGACUUCCCUGGCAAUGAUGAGGAGGAUCUCCCGUUCAGGAAGGGGGACAUCCUCCGCGUUCUCGAGAAGCCAGAAGAGCAGUGGUGGAAUGCCCAGAACUCAGAGGGCCGGGCGGGGAUGAUCCCAGUGCCGUACGUGGAGAAGUACCGACCGGCGUCUCCCAAUUCGGUGGCCGGGCCUGGCGUGCCUGGGGGGCCGCCGGGAGGGAUGGGGAUGCUAGGGAACUCUGACGGCUCCACGAAUCAGUCCAGCACUCCACUUCUGGGAGACCCCAGCCAGUACGCCCAGCCCACCCCUCUCCCAAACCUCCAGAAUGGACCUGUGUUUGCCAGGGCCAUACAGAAGAGGGUGCCCAAUGCUUACGACAAGACAGCCCUGGCCUUAGAGGUGGGCGACAUGGUGAAGGUGACCAAAAUUAAUGUAAAUGGCCAGUGGGAGGGGGAAUGUAAAGGCAAGCGCGGCCACUUUCCCUUCACUCAUGUCAAACUGCUGGACCAGCACAAUGCCGAGGAUGAACUCAGCUGAGAACGGACAGCAGGGCUGAGACCUGGACACUAGUAUUCAACACUUCCUCACCCCUCCCUCCUUUACUUCCUUUUCAACACACUCACCUGCUCUGUCCUCCCCCACAUCUGCUCCAGCUCUUACCUUCACCAAGUACAAUUUCCGAGAAUGACGGAGAGCUAAAAUAAACAGACCCUUGUUGGUCACUUGUUAUACAAACAUCCUCCAGUUCUACCCCUCUGAUUUAUCAUACCUGCCGUCCUCCACUGCCUGCUCUGACUGACUGACUGACGUCAGAAUGGGUCAUAUACUCCACAGUGGAAACGGAAGAUAAACUGCAUCUCCUGAUCUGCGGGUAUGGCAACACUUUUCAGAUCGCCCCCUCGUCAUGUCCCUGUAGUGGACACAUUAUCAACACUCACUCCUCAGGAGACCCGUCGCCACAGAAUUCAACCACUUCCUCUUCCUGUGUUGGAGCCAGUAGAUAAUGACACUCAGCACAGUGUCAUUUUUCAUCCUAAUCUGUCACCAUGUUUACGCCGCUGUAGGAUCACUCAUGCUGCAUCAUGUCACUUGGGAAUACAGUAACAAGUUGAAGAGUAACAGUACACUGCAAUGUGUUUUCAUCUUGUUUGAAGCUGUUAUGGCACUAUUUUUUUUUUUAAAAACACUGUUGAAGGAUUAGUUUGACCGAUUGUGAAGCAUGCUUAUUCACUUUCUUGAGUUAGAAGAGACACCUCCUGCCUGAACAGUAAAUAUGACGCUAAUAAUCUAAGCUUAGCAUUAGGACUCAAAGCAGGAGGAAAUGGCUUGUUUGGCUCUGAGCGAAUCCACCAAUCACCACCGUUGCUGCUCACCAAUCAGCAAGUUAUAUCCUGUGUGUUUAGACCAAACAAACUAUAAAGUAUAUUCACACAAUUCAGUUUGAAACGUAUUUUGUACCUACUUGUUGGCUGGGAGCAGGUGUCAGGCCACUAGCAGAGAGUAAGUCACUCCACUUGGGGAAGAAGUCAUGCCCAUAAUCACCUAUAAAACAUAAAGUUGUUACUGGGCCAGGCUACCUGAUUCCCCCCACUUCCAGCCUUCACGCUAGGCUAACUUAACCGCCUGCUGUCAGUUAUCGUGCAGACAAGAGGGUGGUAUCAAUCUUCCAUUUAACUCGUAAAGAGAAAGUGAAAAAGUGCAUUUCCCAAAAAGUCCAGCUUUUCUUUUUUUAAUUCUGAUCUGUUUGUGUCCUCCUAACUGUGCAUGUUUGUAAUGAGCUAAUCAAACUUCCAUUGACACCACACAGGAUACAGUCAUUCACUAAAACCUGCUAUAGCAGAGUUGUUUUUUUUCUACAGUUGCACCUCAUUUUUCCAGACUGGUAUGUCCUUGGUGGUAGUAUCUUUAUUCAGGAAAUGAAAGUAAUAAGGGUUGUGUGCUAUUGAAGGUAUUUGUUGGAGAUUACAACACCUAAUAUUUAAGUUCCAAAAACUGGACAGAAGAAAAUUAUCUGACAUGUGUCCCCAGCUUACCUAAGCUCAAGGGAAUGGUGUUUUGAAGUUUAAAAAACAAUGCAUCUAGUUUUGUUUUUGUUGGACAUAAAUGCAUUAUUAUUUUUUGGUUCAACCCAAGACUGUGAGUGACUAACGUACGUAGGGAGACUCAAGUGCCCUGACAUCUGCAAGAAGAGACAUCCAGUCUCAUAAAGAACUAAGAAAGUGAAGUCACCUGGAGGGGAACAGUUGUUAAGAAGGAGCCCCCCCCCCCCAUCAUGCCAAAUAUUAAAAGUGAGACCAGCAACUAGUAGCGAGCUCAUGUAGUCACAGCCGUAGUGCAGGCCCCAGCAGUGAAUCUACAUGGAAACCUUUGUUGAGGUGAUGAUGAAGGCAACACUACAUUCAACCUCUCUUCAGCUCUCUGAUCACCCCAUCCACCCAUCACCUAUAACCACCAAGUAGUCUUUUUGUAAGAAAUUGAUGAACUGUGUCAUUGUCAUAACAUGCUAAAAUAUUUGUAUUAUUAUUUUGUAGUUUUCUUUAUGGCUGGGUUCCACCGCAGGAAAACGGUUUCAAUAUACAAUUUGCAAGGGAGUGAUUGGCUGCUGGUGCAAAGUAGAUCAACUGACUGGGGGUGGGGAUGGGUGGGCACAUUUGUUUGCCCCCAGCCAUCGCAAUACCACUUGUUCCAGUUCUGCAUCUGAUGUGCAUGAAUGAAGUUGAACAGGAUGAAAUAGGCUUUCCACCAUGUUAGUUAGUAAUGUCUUCUUUAUAUUAGUGCUCUCCAUUCAGCUCACUGAGUAUUACGUUAGCGAAACAGACUGAUCCGUGUUCAGAUCUUGUCAAUUGUGUUAAAGAAAAGAGAACGCGGUGUUAUUUGGUACCUACCCUUUGUUUUUAACCUCUUCAUAAUCCCGCUGCCACCUUGCACUAUAUUCUAUUCUUUUAAACCUUUUCCUUGUGCUUUCUCUCUUUUUUAAUCCUUCUAUUCAAAGCCUUGACGAUGCACAUGCCAACGUGGACUUUUUCUUUCACUGUUUUCUCCCUUCCCUCUGCCAUUUUUGUAUCGCCAAGAGAUCAGGCAAAUCUUAUAGGACAGACUGCCCUUUUUCUCAAAGGGUUGGAAUUCUGUUGAGGUUGAUUCAAUCUACUUUUUGACACCUGACAAUCAUCACCCACAUUUAUCAACGCAUAAACUGGUUUGGAUUGACGCAGGCUUGAUAUACAGAUUAGACAUUUGCGUGAGUGAAGCUGCUCCACUUUGAAUAUGAUCAGUGAAAACUUACUGUGUCUUUCAAGUGAAGGUUUCUCUCAGAGGUCAUGGUUCUGUAUUUUCGGCCAGCACAGCAUGCCACCCUUAGGUGGCACUGUGGCUACAUUCAGAAAAAUGGUAUCCUUCUGGAAACCAUAUUCUGCCAGUGCUUAUGAGAUUUAAGAUUAUGAAAUAAGUUUUUUAACAGAAUGCACUUAACUGCUUUUAUGCAGAGUUUGCAUUGACUCUAUGCUCUCCUUUUUAUGGUUUUCAAUGAUCCCUGAUUGCUCCCAGACAUAGAUUUCCCUGACUUAAAGCGCAGCCUGACAUACAUUUGUUGUGCUUCACUUUGUAUUUUCAAGUUGGCCAUAUUCUAAACACCUGUGUUAAAAGAUUUCUGGUUUCAAAAUAUUUGAGUUUGCUACCAGUUUUUUUUUUUUUGACAAAGUCCCUUUUUAUCUGUGUAGUCGUGAUCAAAUCAAGCUUCUUUGUCACUCACAUUGCACAUGGCAAGUGCUUAGCUACAUAAAUCAUCUUAUAAAUUGUGUUGCCAAUGAAACCACCAAGAAGUAUUUUUUUAGUAGCCCUGCAUGAAGUCAUUCAAUUCCUUUCAUAAAAAGGAAGGGGUGUCAAAAUGCCAGUGGUAAUUGUGUUAAUAUCAAAAUGUGCCAUUUUAUUAUAACACUAUAUUCUUUCAAGACAAUUGAAAUUACCUUUUUAUUUUCUGUAGCAUGUAAUGUGUUAAUAUACUAGUAAAUAAAGUCAAACCCAUGACAAA